CAGCAGCAGCAGCACAUGCAGUCACCGACUGUGUCUGUGUGAGAGCAGCAGCAGCAGCAACAGCAACAGCCUGGGUGACACACUUUCCUCUGCGUCUCUGCUUCUUCAUGCAGCUGCAGAAGCAGCGUCUGCUCGGAGCCUCUCGAGCCGCCAGGUGGUACUCUAAUGCCGGCUGUGUCCCGCUGCUGAACGCGGCGGCGGCGGCGGCAUGAAGACCUGAGGAGCGCAGACGAGGACAGAGACGAGGAAGCAGCAGCUGUUGCUUCUCUGCGGCAGAGACACGAUGAUGAUGAUGAUGAUGAUUCUGAGGGAUAAAGACGAGACCAGCGAGCUCUGCCGCGUCUUCUCCCGCCCCGGUCUGUGAGACUCAGCGCCCCGCAAAGGUUGGUCUACGGAGCCCGGAGAUCAGGAGCCGCUGCUCAGGCUGCAGAGAGAGAGAGAGAGAACAAGAGAGAGGGAGAGAGAGACUGUGUGUUUGUGUGUGUGUGUGUGUAAGAGAGAGCGAAAGAGAGAAAGAGGGGGGAGAGAAAGAGAGAGUGAGUCGAAAAAUCCUCAGGAGUGAAGCAUCUGUGAGCUGAGAGGAGAAGAAGAGAAGAGAGAUCGGGACAACAGCAGCAACAGCUUCAGUGAGAAAUAUUACAGAGAACAGACUCAACAAGGUUUUAACACCGACAUGGGAAAAGAGGCCUCGGUCACCUUGUAAGAUGUUUCCUCACCACAGAGAAAGGGAGCAGCCAAUCUUCAGUGCCCGUGCCCAUGUUUUCCAAAUUGACCCGUCCACCAAGCGGAACUGGAUACCUGCCAGCAAACAUGCCGUCACAGUGUCCUUCUUCUACGAUGCCAACCGUAAUGUCUACCGCAUCAUUAGUGUGGGUGGGACCAAGGCGAUUAUCAAUUGCACGGUUACACCCAGCAUGACGUUCACCAAGACCUCGCAGAAGUUUGGUCAGUGGGCCGACAGCAGGGCCAACACCGUCUACGGUCUAGGUUUUGCUACAGAGCAACAGCUUCACCAGUUCUCAGACAAGUUUAAGGAGGUGAAAGAUGCAGCUCGUCUGUCACGUGAAAAGUCACAGGACAAAGAACUGGUCAACACAGCGCUAACCAUCGCUGCUCCUCAGUUCUCACAGGACCUCGCGGAUGAACUGCAGUCUCCACCGGUGAUGUGUGUGAACGGACCGGAGGACAAGCUGUUCCGCAGCCAGAGCGCAGACAUCACGCUGUCUUCGGAGAAGGAGCGUAUUAAAAAGAUGCUGUCGGAAGGGUCUAUUUGUGAGAUGAACCUGGAGGCUGAGCUCUUCACGCUGCAGGACAGCAACUCAAAGUUGGUGGCAGCUUUGCACGAGGCUAAUACUAAUGUGGAGCAGUGGAAGAAACAGUUGGCAGCGUACCAGGAGGAGACUGAGAGGCUGCGAGAGCAGGUGGCUGAGCUGGAGGCCCAUGGAGGACAAGGCCCCAGUGACCUGCUUAAAGACGAGCUGACCCAGUCUCUGGAGGAGCUGGAGGCGCUGCUGAAGGCCAAAGACGAGGAGAUCCACAUUUUGCAAAGUAAGAAAGCAGAGUACCAUGAAAUGGAACAUGCUCGGGAUGAGGCCAUACACAGAUUACGGGAGACGGAGAUGCGUAACUCAGAGUUGGAGCGGCGCAUCCAGAACACGGAGCAGAACCUGAGUAACUCUCUGGAGGACCGGGACCGCGUGGACACUGAGAUCCAGCGGGCCAUCGAAAUUCUGGACAUCAAAAUCUUUGACCUCAAUGAUCUCCGCCAGAGCCUCGUGAAACUUAUUGACAAAUAAGACGAGAGGAAGUCCCAGACCCAUGAGAGAGCUGAAGACGGGGAGAGACAGGGUUACAUUUGCCAUGGGCUUGGCAGCAGGUAGAAAACAAGACAAGAUGGAGCUGGUCCGUGUCCCUGUUCUCAUCAAGCACAAGAACCACCUCAGCUGCAGGAAGGUGACUCUGUGUGUGUGUGUGUUGCAGCAGAGGCUGUGCUGUACUUGACAACAUAGAGUAGGUGUUGGCCUAAGCAGCAGCAACAGCAUAUUCACAAUAUUGCUUGUGCAAUCUAAUAUAAGGCUUCGUGUUGCUUUGGGUAACAUUCAAUGCAAUAAACCAACUUUAAGGUAAGUGCUUAUUACAUUUCAUAAUGACAACUGGUGCUUGAGGUUUUUCGUAAGUAGGACUUUUGUAUUUUAAAAAAAACAAAACAGCGAUGCAUUGUCAAUAUGAACGAUAAGAGGCCUUGUUUUUUUUUUGUGUGAAAACAUCUUUACAAAAACACGACGACGAGUCCUUGCAUGUGGGGAAUGGAGCGUUACAGUAUACUCGGUGACUGCAAGUGAAUGCAAAGACAAGAUUGCAUAAGAUACAAUUACCUUUAAGACAUUUGCAUAUUUAACAACCUGCACACGGCACAGUCAUUAUUGCAUUAACAGUCAGCAGAGUUUGAUUUGUGUCAUGUUUUUGUCUCAUAGUUGCCUGUGUGUAACAUAGCAGCUACAGUGGUGUGCAUAUAUAACAUCACAUAUGCAUAGUGGCACCACUUUACAUUACAGUACAGUAAUAUAAUUGUAAUAGUAUGGUAAUCAUUUUUGUAACAGGGAGGUAAUGUUAUAGUAAUAUAAUCUUAUUUAAAAUGCAGCUUGGUAAAGGAGAUCAUUUACUGUAAUACCGUGUAAUUACUAUAAGCUAUGUCACUGUGAUACCUUCUCAUGAAAGAUUUUGUGAAUAACAAUUGCUAAUAACUUUAUUAUAAAGAUAAAACCCUUAAGUCCCACACACAUUUUUCAAGCUAGUACUUGGUGAUUACUAUAUAUAUCUAUAGCCAGUGUUACCAUAUUAUUUCUUAUUCUAUUGCUAAGUUAUUACCAUACGAUUACUAGAUUGUUCGUGUAAUGUAAAGUGUCGCCCAUAGUUUGCUAACGUGAACAUUAAAUACUAGUCAUAGGCAUGGCAUGGACACGCAACUUAAACAGUAGAUGUGAAUGUUGCCACCAGAGGUCAAGUGUCACUGAUGAGGUUGUUCAGCUGCUCGUCUUUGUGUCACAUCUUCACUUAAGCUUGUCGGUAACCUUUAAGAAUAGGGUAAGUCUCAAUAAACACUUCAGUGCAAGUUAGGAUAGAAUAUUAUGUCAUACGGUUAAGAAUAGGACGAGUAAGUGUAAGAAAUAAAAGUCUAAAUAGAUAGUUUAUAUUGUCCUCCAUGGAGGAAAUAUAUAUAUAUAUAUACAUGUAUAUAUGUAAGUAUAUAUAUACAUACAUAUAUGUAUAUAGAUAGAUAGAUAGAUAGAUAGAUAGAUAGAUAGAUAGAUAGAUAGACAAAUACAUAUCAGCUUCACAUCAGUUUAAAUAAUUGUCCAGUGUUUCAACAAACAAGCAACUACUUUAUGAUAGCAGCACCUUAUAAUAUCCAUGUCGCUCUGGUUGAUGUUAAUGUGACGCGUUCAAGGAAAUUUUGUCGUUUUUUUCAGCACGUUGCCUAAAGUUAGCUAAUGUGUGCAACGCCGUACGCCAUAGGCCUUGAGAUUGUAGCUGUAUUGUGUGGAGAAAAAAAGAAGAAAAUCUGAAUGUCUUAUGUUGUUUAAGACUGUAUUUUUAACACGCUGUGUUUGUAUUCAUGUGUUCAUGCCUUACUGUUUAAAGGAUGAUGUUGGACAGCCAUACCAGCUCUUUGUCUUAGUCUUAGAGCUGUUGUCAUGGCAAUUUGGAAAUAAAAAAAAUAUAUAGAAUUCA